GAGCCAGCCUGUCUGCCUGAUUCGGUGCUCCUGGCCGGUCCCAUUCCAGAGCCUCGGUGUCCAGAUGCCGCUAAGGUUCUCACAAGAAGAACCAAAGUCAAACAGACCCUCAAAGCUCCCUCCUAAGCUGCUCCUGAGGCAACCCCCACCUCAGCUUCAGGGGGUUGAAGAGCCUACCCAGCCAGGGAGGGCUUAUGAACCUGGCUUGCCUCCUCCACCUGUGGGCUGGAGACCCUGUGCUGCAUCACCAGGCCCCUGAGAGAAGAAGCUCCCGCCGUCCCUUCAGCUUUUGUCUUCAGCACCUACCCUUUGGGUUCUGUGAAUGGCUUGGCAUUGUUGCUUCAGUGUGGAGCAGCUUGAGAGAGCCUGUCAGGAGGUGGGCGGACAACUUCGAAGCUGAGGGCUGUGGAGGAAGCCAGGAGCACAGCUUCAAGCAUCCCUUCGUCCAGGCAGUGGGCAUGUUCCUGGGAGAGUUCUCGUGCCUUGCUGCCUUCUACCUGCUCAAAUGCCGAGCCAGAAGACAAUCAGACUCCAGUGUAGAGCCCCGGCAGCCCUUCAACGCCCUACUUUUCCUGCCCCCAGCCCUAUGUGACAUGACUGGGACUAGCAUCAUGUAUGUGGCCCUGAACAUGACCAGUGCCUCAAGCUUCCAGAUGCUGCGGGGUGCAGUGAUCAUCUUCACAGGCCUGUUCUCAGUGGCCUUCCUGGACCGGAGGCUGGUACCAAGCCAGUGGCUGGGCAUCCUGAUCACUAUUGCGGGACUGGUGGUCGUUGGCCUGGCUGACCUCCUGAGCAAGCAUGACAGUCAACACAAGCUCAGUGAAGUAAUCACAGGUGACUUGUUGAUCAUCAUGGCCCAGAUCAUCAUUGCCAUCCAGAUGGUGCUAGAGGAGAAGUUUGUCUACAAACACAACAUCCACCCACUCCAGGCAGUGGGCAUCGAGGGCUUCUUCGGCUUUGUGAUCCUCUCCCUACUGCUGGUGCCCAUGUACUACAUCCCCACUGCCUCCUUUAGUGGCAACCCUCGUGGGGUGCUGGAAGACGCUCUGGAUGCCUUCUGCCAGGUGGGCCGGCAGCCCCUGAUCGCCCUGGCUCUGCUGGGUAACAUCAGCAGCAUUGCCUUCUUCAACUUUUCGGGGAUCAGUGUCACCAAGGAACUGAGUGCCACCACCCGCAUGGUACUAGACACCCUGCGCACCGUGGUCAUCUGGGCCUUCACCCUCGCACUGGGCUGGGAGGUCUUCCAUCCACUGCAGAUCCUUGGUUUCCUCAUCCUCCUUAUGGGCACCGCCCUGUACAACGGGCUGCACCGACCACUGCUAGCCUGCCUGUCCAGACGCUGGCGACACCCUACCCAGGAGGGAGAGCAAGAGAGACUGCUGGGUGACAGCCGGACUCCCAUCAAUGAGACCAGCUGAGCUGCAGUGGGAUCUCUAUUGCCACCAGAUGGCUGAGGCCAUGCAGACCGGUGGGCUGUGAGUGCCCUGUCCCAAGGCCUCACCCCACCCAUCCCUACUGACCCCACUGCACAGUUGCUGCUGGAGAGGAUGGGAGGACACCAGGUCCUGCUUUAUUCCUGAGGCCUGAAAUAUUGGGACCCAGCCCCCACAGGCUCAGCUAUGGCAACCACUCUCAGCCUCCCAGUUCUGCUGCACUAGAACAAAAUUGCGAACUUGAAUGGCAAGAAAUUACAACCCUAGUAUUUCUGUUACACACUAACUUGUGGUAGAAUAUCUAGCUUCUGAACUGUAAGCUACAGAGAAGUCAGCUAACAGGUUCAAACCAGAACUAAGAGACUAUUCUGCAAAGCCUGUCUAAAAACCUGGUUUCUGGCUCAGCUGCAGGCUCUGUGCGUGCCCAGGUCUGUGCUUUGCAGCACAGGUGUAUAUAAUGUGUCCUUGGUGCCUUGCAGCCCCAGCAUCCUGUGGGCCUCUGAUUGUCACUGGUAUGAGAAAAGAGUUGCACACCAGUAUUCCUCCUCCCCAUGGUGGGCUCUUUGAUAUUUUUAUUUUGGUUUGGCUUGGGGUUUUUGCCAUUACAUGGCCCUGGCUAUCCUGAAACUCAUGAUGUAGACCAGGCUAACCUCAAACUCACAGAGAUUCACCUACUACUUCCUCAGUGCGGAUUAAAAGUGUACAUCUUCAUGCCCAACACCUCCUUGAUGUUUUGAUGUUCUGUUCUUCAGACCCCAAGGCCUCUCUGCCUGGGGCAUUCCUGGCAGCCCUUGGAAAUCACUUCACAAACUUGUUUUGUUUUCUUUUGUUUUGUUUGAAACGAAAGUCUUAUUGUGUAGCACCAGCAUUCAACUUCCUAUUCAACUUCCUCACACUCAGCCUUCCUGCCUCACCCUCCCAAGUGCUGAGAGACUGGAAUGCGAAGCACUGCCCAGAAAAGCUUCCAUUUUAAACUAAGGAGACCAAAGCCUGUUGGCAAGAGGGAUCUGUGCUUACUGCCGGCUUGGGCCAAAGACCUGAGAGGCCUCUAUAUCCGAAGCUCCAUGACUGUUAGAGAGACCUAGAGCCAGUGUGGCCCCACUCCCAGUAAUCCAGACCCAUAGUGUCCACAGGAUGACAUACUUACCAGGGGUCUUCCUUAGUGGGUAAGCUGGCAUCCCCAGCACUGGGUUAAAUGCUUCAUCCUCACUCCCUCUCAUGAUAUCUGCAAAGGGAAAAGCCAAGGCACUCCCAGGAGGCAAAGUGAGGCACGCACAGAACCAGUGUCCCAACCAGCCACGUGUGGCCCACUGCUAUACAGGUCUCUGUGGGCCUUUGGGGUGGCUUUCUAUGACUGGGCUAAAAAAACUAAUAUUGUUACCCUGCAGAUGCUCUCACUCUCGGUAGAAGAAAGGCAGCAGGAAGGAGCCCUGGGGCCCUGGCCGCCCUUAAUUACAUACAGCCUUGCCUGUGGGGAUGUUUUAAGUGGGGAUGUCCUAAGUGGCAGUUCAAUAGUAAACACUAACAGCUUUCUUUGUGAGGGGAAGGGGCCUUGAUUAGCAAAGCCCUUGCAUUUGACUCCAACAGAUUCUAAUGGUGUGUCAAGGAAGGAAACUUCCUUUCUGUUAGCUCGGAGUCCCAGAGCCCCAAGCUUCUCUGGACUACAGUCUGUCACAGGGAGAAGUAAAUGGGAAUUCUGUGCCUAUUUACUCAAGGUGACAGAAAGUGGCAGCUGUCUUGUACAAAAAUAAAAACCAGGGCCCUACAA